GUAUAUUUAAACAGUCCAGCCGCGGUCACACUGCAGUACACAGAAAAUUUACAUUUGUUGAGAAAAUUAGGGAAUUAAACGCACAAAAAGCGAAAUAAAGAGGCCCAAAACGCAAGGAGCGAUCAUCAGUCGCCCCGAGGACCAAAAGGCACUGGAAAAGAGUGCGGAGAGACGAGGAUAACAAGGACAAGGGCCGCAGAAAGCAACAGCCCUCCGCCGCCGCCGCCCAAAAAAGACCAAACGACUGAGGACUGCCAACCAGCCAUAAAAAGAAGCACCAGCACCCCCACAAUCGGCAAUCACCAAUCUCCAAUCUCUGGGAACAUUUGAAGCACCCAAAAAGGUCUAGGAAUCGACAUAUAGAACACCAUGCAGGCGAUCAAGUGCGUCGUCGUGGGCGACGGAGCCGUGGGAAAAACAUGCCUGCUGAUCAGCUAUACGACCAAUGCCUUUCCCGGCGAGUAUAUACCCACCGUUUUCGACAACUACUCGGCCAAUGUGAUGGUCGAUGCCAAGCCGAUCAAUUUGGGCCUCUGGGAUACGGCCGGGCAGGAGGAUUACGACCGGCUGAGGCCUCUGUCCUAUCCGCAGACUGAUGUCUUCCUGAUCUGCUUCUCGCUGGUCAAUCCGGCCUCGUUCGAGAACGUGCGGGCCAAGUGGUAUCCGGAGGUGCGCCACCACUGCCCCAGCACGCCCAUCAUCCUGGUGGGCACCAAGCUGGACUUGCGCGACGACAAGAACACGAUCGAGAAGCUGAGGGACAAGAAGCUGGCGCCCAUCACCUAUCCGCAGGGACUGGCCAUGGCCAAGGAGAUCGGGGCCGUCAAGUAUCUGGAGUGCUCGGCGUUGACGCAGAAGGGUCUAAAGACCGUCUUCGACGAGGCCAUCCGGUCGGUUCUGUGCCCAGUGCUGCAGCCCAAGUCCAAGCGCAAGUGCGCCCUGCUCUAAAAGAGAUAGAGGAGAGAAUGAGAUAUCCCACACAAUGGAUUCUAUUUAAACGUAAUAUUAUUAACGAUAAACCAUUAUGUAACCUAAGCGUUGGCCAGGCAUUUGGCUGAUCCGUAGUUUCUUUGUUACACUUUGCCACUAAUUUCUUCAGCUACAAAAAAGUGGGGGUGCAUUGAAUCCCCCAUUCAAACUCUUGCUUUCUUCGUUUCCGAGUUCGUUUCGUGUGUGUUCUGUAAUUCAUAAUCCAAUUCUGUUUACCCGUGCAUUAAUUUCAACUAAAAGUUAAAAGCGAGAUGUUUCUAGAUAAAAUGGAAAACCCGAUGGGCGAUCUGUAACUGUAAACUCUAACUGUAUUUUGUAUUAUUUAGUAACUUUUGUAAUUAAAAUUAAUGUUGUAAAACUGAGGUAAAACCAAAAAAAAAAAAACAAAACAAAAA